AUGAAUGUUGACAUCAGAUUCCUGUUGGUGCAGAUGUUCCAUGAAGCACCCGAAUCAAGAAUCCAGUCUUCGUUAUGGUGCUACAAGUGGCGCAACCAGACACAGUUCAAGGAGAACAAGGCAAAACAAGUGUCGGGUCAACCAAGACAACGAACCAAGCAGACCAAUUUCAGCGCGGUCGAUACAACCUCAACCACUGACGAUAGGUACGAAUUUCCGGGAAUGGCUAUCCAGGCCGACGAAAAUAUCACUAUGGUGGCUAUAGCCAACCACUGCAACCAGAGCAGGACGCGGAAACAAGGCGAAGACUGGAUUCUUGAUUUCGGGUGCUUCAUGGAACAUCUGCACCAACAGGAAUCUGAUGUCAACAUUCAUUUCUUACCUACCUGGUCAGGGACCGAAAUGGGACACGAGCAAUGGUAG